AUGUUACCUCGCAGCAUUUCAGGAACAAUUAGAAGAAGUACGAUCAUGGGCUGUGCCCUGAGAAGAUAUGCCACUGAAGCAAUACGAUUAACAACAGCUGUAAAAGAGGAAACAUCGACUACCAAAGAGGUUGAGGCUAGUAAGAAGAAAGUGCUACAAAAUUUCAUGGAACCGACAAAAUAUGCACUGGUGUCUUUACGUUCAUUCCCAUCUUUAGAACCACAUUCGGUAAUUCCUGUUCAUUCCAAUUAUUUAAGCGUACCAUUGAGAAGGGAUAUAUUAUGGUUGGCCGUUACAAUGGAAUUAGAUAACAGAAGAGUUGGAUCAUCAAAUCCACCUGGAAGAUCUCAAGGGAAAUAUUCGAGAAGGAAACUUAGGAAACAAAAAGGAAGUGGUAUGGCCAGAGUGGGUGAUGCGAACUCCCCAACUAGAGAAAAUGGUGCAUAUGCUUUGGCAAGAAAUGCACCAAGUGACUUCUCUACAACUUUACCCAAAAAAGUGUAUCAUCUUGCAUAUAGAACAGCUUUUAGCGAGCAAUACAGGAGGGGUCAUUUAUUUAUCAUUGGUCAAGGACAGAAUGAACAGGGCCAAUUAAAAGAAGGCGAUUCAUAUGGGUUGGAAAUUUGCACAAGCGAUAGUCAUUCCAUUGGCAUGUUCUUGAAGUCACAGAAUAUAAACAAUCACUUGAACGUGUUAUUUGUGCCGGAUGACUACCUCUCUACGGCAAACCUACGCGAGGCAGUGAUGAAGUAUCCUAGUAGUAAAAUAAACGUUAAGGAUAAGGAGGAUGUGGAGGUGAGAGACAUUCUAAAGUCCCACAGAGUGUAUAUGGAAAAAGGUGCGUUUGAGUAUUUUGUGUCAAAAUAUUCACAAUUUAUGACUCUUUGA